AUGCGUUCUCGCGUUCUUUUAUAUUCAGUGUUUGCCUUUGUCGGCGUGGCGGUGUCCGCGAAGACUUGUCGGUGCCGUCCUUCCGAGUCGUGUUGGCCUUCUAAGGCAGAAUGGCAGACUUUGAACAGAACUGUCAACGGGAAUGUUCAUGCUUUGAGACCUAUUGCAUCGCUCUGCCAUGGUUCCACGUAUGAUGCUGCCGCGUGCAGUGUCCUGCAGGCAAAUGAGUAUGACUCUGAGUGGAGAUCUAAUCAACCAGGUGCUGUGGAGUGGCCAAACUGGGAAGCAUGGCCUGCUAAGAAUGAGUCAUGCUAUAUCGACUCUGCGGAGUCAAUCCCAUGUGGACAGGGCCGGAUAUCGCUGUACACACUUGAGGCCGGGUCGGCAGCAGAUAUACAGGCAGGUGUGCGUUUUGCUAGCAAGUAUAAUUUGAGAGUGGCUAUUCGGAACACCGGUCAUAAUCACGCAGGUCGAUCUGUCGCGCCAGAGUCGUUGCAGAUUUUCACGCAUUUGAUGACCAAUAAGACUCUGCAUGAAAACUUUACCCCCGUUGGCUAUGAUGGCGCGGAUGGGGGCGUGGGUAUGGCGGUGACUCUUGAUGCUGGCGUUCAGCUGUACGAUAUGUAUGAGUGGCUGGAUGAGAAUGAUAUUAUGGUUGUUGGGGGCUCGGCGCACGGCGUGGGUGUCACUGGUGGAUACAUCCAAGGAGGGGGUCAUUCCUUGCUCGCUGGAAUCCACGGCAUGGCUUCUGAUAACGCCCUGCAAUUCACUGUGGUUGUUGCGGAUGGGAGACAUUUGACUGCAAACGCUUACCAGAACUCUGACCUCUUUUGGGCUCUCCGUGGAGGUGGCGGCGGUACAUGGGGAGUUGUCACCUCCGUGACCGUACGGGCCUUCGAUGAUGCUCCGCUCGUGACAUUCUCCAUUUCCGGAGGCGCCGAGUUCGAGUCAGAUGAGUACUGGAACGCCGUCGAGUACUUCCACGCAUUCCUACCCACAUUCAACGAGGCAGGCGGGAGCGUGUACUACUGGCUGAUCCCAGACUACCCUGAUGCCACGCUUGGCCAUAUCUCCGCCAUCAGUGCCGAAGGCGCCUUUGGCAACGCAACAAGCAAGGCCAGUGUAGACGCGCUGAUGACGCCAUUUGUCUACGCACUUGGCAAUCUCACCGGUGCAGCCUUCACCUACUCAUCAACCCUGCUGCCAAAAGCAUCAACCCUGUACCUCGCAGAAUUUGCAGCCUCCGACGAAGUCGGCACCCCCGUAAUCCUCGGCUCGCGUCUUGUCACUCGCGAAUUUAUGAACUCGACCGCAGGACCCAAAAAGAUCACAGAUGCUCUUCGCAGCCUGCGCGUGUAUCCAGGAAACACCACCCUGGGCCAAAAUGCGAUCCAGGGUCUUGUCGUAGCUGGUCCGGCUGUGUGGGCGAAUGCCGAUGUUGUGGACAGUGCGUUGCAUCCUGUCUGGCGCGAUGCGUUGGUUCACGUCAUUCUCGCUCGAGGCUGGGACAUCGAUGCAUCGCUUGCCGAGCAAGAGGCGAUCCAGCUGAACUUGACGCAGGUUGAGGUCCCGAUUCUAAAGGCCCUGGAUCCUGCGCCUGCAGGUGGUUGUUAUCUCAAUGAGGCCGAUGGAUUUGAGGAGGGUUUCCAGGAUAGCUUCUGGGGCUCGAACUAUGCACGUCUCUAUAAGCUUAAGCAGAAGUGGGACCCCGAAAACCUUUUCAUAGUUCGGACUGGUGUUGGCAGUGAGGAUUGGGAUGCUGAAGGUAUUUGUCCGAAUUAA